ACGCCAUGCUCCGCCUAAGGAUACUGCUUGCUGGGCUCUGUGGCCUGCUGGCGUCGGGACCCGAUUCUCAAAAUUCAUUUCUACAAAUCAUAGUUCCAGAGAAAAUCCAAACAAAUACACAUGACAGUUCAGGCACAGAACAAGAACAGAUAUCCUACAUUAUUCCAAUAGAUGAGAGACCAUAUACUGUGCACCUUAAGCAAAGAUAUCUUUUAGCAGAUAAUUUUAUGGUUUAUUUGUAUGAUCAAGGAUCUGUGAAUUCUCAUACUUCAAAUGUUGAGACUCACUGCUACUAUCAAGGAAAUAUUGAAGGAUAUCCGAAUUCUGUUGUCACACUCAACACAUGCUUUGGACUGAGAGGACUACUGCAAUUUGAAAAUGUUUCUUAUGGAAUCGAGCCCUUAGAAUCUUCAGUUGAAUUUCAGCAUCUUCUCUAUAAAUUUGGGAAUGAAAACAAUGAAUUUUCAAUUCUUAACAAAUAUAGCAGAAGCAUAGAGGAACACCCAAUGGACAAUAGCAUUUUUAUAGGUGAAAAAUCGGAAUCGGCUGUUCCCGAUUUAUUUCCUCUUUAUCUAGAAAUGCAUAUUGUGGUGGAUAAAGUUUUGUAUGAUUACUUGGGCUCUGACAACAUCAUAAUAACAAGUAAAGUCAUCGAAAUUGUUGGCCUUGCAAAUUCAAUGCUUGCCCAAUUUAAGGUUACUAUUGUGCUGGCAUCAUUGGAGUUGUGGUCAGAUAAAAAUAAGAUUUCUACAGCUGGUGAGGCAGAUGAAUUAUUGCAUAGAUUUUUAGAAUGGAAACAGUCUUAUCUUGCUCUAAGGCCUCAUGAUAUUGCAUUUCUAUUCAUGUAA